UUUCAGACUCAAAGAUCAUAGGGUCGGACUUUGAUUUUCCUUUAUAUUAAUUCCCUUGAAAAUCUACUAUGAAGCGUUAUUAUUACGGCCUGAUAGAUACUCUUCUGGUUCUUGUCACAAGCUGUGUUCCUUUAGUCAUCCUCGAAGCAGCAAGCUUUUGUGGUAAGGAGAAGGCUUCUGCCUUGAUUCAGUGGAUUGUCUCGAAUGCCUUCUCCGCCGUCAUCACGAAGAAGACUGAUAGCGGACUUACAAGAUGGUAUUUGAAGGAUAUUGAACUGACCCGCUCAGAACAGCUGACGAGGAAAGUUUUUUCCAGCCUUUUUGGGCUGUUCUUUACAAUGUUUACCCUUGCUUCAAGUGUGUUUUGGGAAAACUUACUUCUCGACGUGAGCUACGGUUGCAAACCGGAUGAUGCUUCCGUGUCUAUGGAAUGCUUCGAAUACAACAUCAAGGAAAACGUGGAGUUCUGGAGCGCAUUUGCAAGGCUUGGAGAAGAUCCGAUCGAUUGUAGCAGUCCUAAGUAUCUUAAUGGAUCUGUGGGUGUGAUUUGCUACCAAAUGGUCUUCAAUAUUGGCGUUGCUUCCGGGGCAAGUUACGGUGUAUUCAAACUGGCUAUGAUUGCAGUCAGUGCAGCUACCAGCGCCAUGUUGCUGCAUAAACGAUCGAAAAAUGUAAACAGAACGAGGAUCAUUGUUGCUGUGUUAAUCGUUACACUGUACGCGGCUUUCGUAGUUUCGCAAGUUGUCGAAACGGAGAAGGGACCAUCUAGUUUAGUCGUCAUGAUCGAUUCACACAAUGUGGCGAUCUAUCUUCAAGUGCUUAUGGGAUUGGGUGCUGUCUUGUCAUUCGUGUAUUUUGUUCCUUGGAAGCAACUCGUUGCUUUUCAAAGUAAUUUGUACCUGUAUGAUCCCAUACUUUGACCUUCUUAUCGCAAUUUUCCAUUCACUAAUAAAUC